AUGGAUGGAUGGAGGGGGAGAGAGCUGGAGCAAGGGAUGCUGAGGGAGAAAGGCGGUAUAUUCAUAGCAGCAGCGCCGCCCAGAGGAGAGGAGAGCUCGGGGGGCGCGGCUUGGGCCGUGGCUUCCCUCGCUGCCUCGUAUGACAGAGAAGGAGGGAGGAGGGAGUGGGAGGAGAGAGGCAGCUCUGGCGCGAGCCGGUUCACUUAUGGAUCAGCGUUCAAACAAGGAGCCCCUCGGAUUCCAUGGACAAAUCGACCCAGCUUUGUUCCCCACCGAGAGCCGUCGAUCGACCCUGAUGCCGACGCGCCGCGCCCAGCUGUAGAGCAACGAGGCCAAGGGGUCAGGGGUCAGGGUUCAAGGGUCGCGGACCAGCGAACCGGAGCAGGAGCCGAGGUCAAGAGGCCUGAGAAGAGGGUCCCUGUGAGGCUCUCAGAAGAAGUCGGGCAUCGGAAAAGGAAGGGCCUGCGCUACAGGGGUCAGGGGUUAAAGAUGAUGACAUCACACGGAAAGCUGAGGAGGGAGAAGGGGAGCCUGGCCGAGUACGAAUCCCAGAUCAAAGACCUGCGGGCCCAGCUGACAGACCAGAUGAAGAUCCUGGACUCUCAGGUGGAGGUGAAACAGCAGCAGCUCUCGGAUCUGUCCGAGUUCCUCCGUCGCCGCGGCGACAUCGAGGCCGAAUACGCCCGAGCUCUCGACAAACUAACAGAGAGGUUCACGCACAAGACUAAAAAGAAGGAGCAGUGGGGUCAGUCCGUGUGUCAAGUCUGGACGGUCCUGCUGACUCAAACCCGUCUGGAGAGCCGGGAACAUGCAUCGCUGGGGGACACCUGCUGCAACACGCUCACACAGAGGCUGGCGCACAGCACCGAGGACACACACCGUCUGCACAAACGGAGCAAAGAGGUUGGAACCCAGAUGCAGGAUGAGCUGUUGAAGGUCACCACUGAGCUGCAGACGGCUCUGAAGACAUACAACCAGUACCACACAGAUUGCCUGAUAGCUGAGGGGAAGCUGAAGGAAGCCGAGCGAUUGGAGGAGAGACACACCGGUAAAUCAGCUGAGCUCGGGCCCGGCCCAAUGGUCGGCCAGAGGCGAAGCUCAGUCAAGAAGAUGGAGCGAUUAAUGGAGAAGCGGCACGGCAGGGUGCAGGAGACUCAGCUGAAAUGUACCAAGGCUCGCAACGACUACCUGCUGAAUCUAGCCGCAGCAAAUGCAGCCAUGAACAAGUAUUACCUGCAGGAUGUCAGCACCCUAAUUGACUGCUGUGACCUCGGCUUCCAUUUGUCGGUGGAGAGGGUGAUGAAGUGCUACCUGGCAAGUAAGUGGCGCAUCCAGAAGACAGAAGAGACGGGCCUUAAGCAGCUGGAGGCCGCCGUGACGUCCCUGGAUCAGAGCGGGGACAGGGAUGCGUUGCUACAGCAACACGACGCCGCCUUCUGCCUCCCAUUUCGGUUCAGUUAUCACCCACAUGAGGGGGACCAGGUGUGCGAGGUCAGUGCGGAGAGCCAGGUGAGGUAUGAGCUGGAGACCAGGUUCCAGCAGCUUCAGUCUCGCCUUGCCGCCGUAACCCUGGAAACAGAGGAGGUCAGCAAGACGCUCAAAGCCACACUUGCAGCCCUUCUGGACACGAUAUGCGACAGCGACUGUAACCCCUCCCCCGACGUCUCCAGCAGCCUAUCACACGAGCCCCCUGGUGGGAGCAACGUCCAAAAACUUACCCUUGCUAAGCGUCGAGCCAAUCAACAGGAGACAGAGACAUACUACUUGACUAAAGUGAAGGAAUUCCUCACCAGCAGUUCUCUGGCCUCCAAACUUCAAGCCAAACAUGAUCUCCUACAAGAUGCCAUACAGAAAGCUGAGGCCGUCGACAGUGACCCUUCCAGAAUGCAAUGUGCUCGGUCAGUUCGUGUUCGGAAGUCCAGACCAGUUUCCCAAUUCUGCCACACACUCUUCACCACAGACAUACUCUCCUACAUUCAGAGCUCUGGGCAGCAGAUUCCUGUGGUGGUUGAAAGCUGCAUUCGCUUCAUAAACCUCCACGGCCUUCACCAUGAGGGUAUUUUCAGAGUUCCUGGCUCACAGAGGGAGGUUAACCUCAUCAGAGACGCAUUUGAAAGAGGAGAGGACCCUCUGUCAGACAGUGAGUGUGACCUGGACUCUGUGGCUGGUGUGCUGAAGUUGUACUUCAGGGGCCUCGAGCCUCCCCUCUUCCCGUACGACAGCUACACUCAGCUGCUGGAGUGUGUCCAAAUCGAGGAGGAUGCAGAGAAAGCUGCCCAGAUCAAAGCGAUUGUUUCCUCUUUCCCGCGGCCUCUCCUCAUCGUGAUGCGUUACCUCUUUGCUUUUCUAAAUCACGUGUCUCAGUACAGCGAUGAGAACAUGAUGCAGCCCUACAACCUGGCCGUUUGCUUCGGUCCGAGCCUCCUAAGGGGGCUGGAGUCUGAUGAUGCUGUUGCUAGGCAGCCACAGGUUAAUGACCUCGUGAAAACUAUGAUCCUCCAGCACGACGUCAUCUUCCCCGGCCAAUCAGAACUACCCGGCCCUGUUUACGAAAAGCACAUGACUCUGGAGCAGGAAUAUUGUGAACCAAUCACAGAGGAGGGAGAUGGCGAGACCGAGCCUUUGCCCAGCGAGGACGAGUGGGAGGCCGUGGCAAUGUUUGACUACGCGGCCAGAUCUCCAGCAGAGCUUUCCUUCAAGCAGGGAGAGUCACUGAUUCUCCACAGCAAGGCCUCCAGUGAUUGGUGGAGAGGCGAGGUGGGCGGAGUUAAGGGUCUCAUCCCUCACAAGUACAUCAGCGUGUUGGAAGGGUCAGAACGAGGGAAAAGAGAUGACGGAGGAGGGGGAGGAGGAGGGGGAGGAGGAGGAGGAGGAGGCAGCACUGGAAACCUGACAGCUGAGGAUCCACAUAUGGAGAAUACAACUCGGAUGCGGGUGAACAGUGACAGCGCUUCGUUGCCAGGGAGACAGAGAGGAAGCGAGGGGAGUCCAAGUCGAAAGCCACAAACUUCCUCUGCCACCAGACAGCUACCGGUGUCCCAAGAGCGAAGACACACUUUGGACACGGUGAGACAGGGCAGCUGCAAACUCCCCGACAGACCUCCAUUCGGUCAGGCCGAGAGAACACCAGUUGAUAAGGACAUGAUCAGCCGUCAGAUGAACUCGGUGUUCAAGGAGCUCCUGUCCCGUCAGCCUCCGCUGCAGUCGUCCACUCUGGCCACCAGUGUUGCCCCCGCCCCCACGCCCUCCUCCCCUCUGCCCCAAGCUGCCCCUUCUGCCAAAAAAGGAGGAUUUGGUCUGAGAGGACGGACCAUUUUCAGACCGGUGGACUAAAAAAAAAAAAA